AUGCGAAACCUCUGGUGCGCCGUACUCUUUGGCGUGGCACGCGCCACCCAGACGGUGUUGCGGCCGGACGCGUUCACGACCGACGACUAUGACCACUUCCAGAGCCCAUAUUCACCCACCCACUCCGUCCAGAUGCGACGACAGAACGAGUCAAUCUGCGAUGCUGGUGCAGCUCAGUAUACAGGCUGGCUGAACAUUGGCCCAAAACAUCUGUUCUUCUGGUACUUUGAGAGCCAGAACGAUCCUGUCAAUGAUCCGCUGACGCUGUGGAUGACCGGAGGACCCGGCGACUCCAGCAUGAUCGGCCUGUUCCAGGAGAUCGGUCCUUGUUUGAUUAACGAGCACGGUAACGGAACCGCUCCAAACCCGUGGGCCUGGUCGCGCAACUCCUCGUUAUUGUUUGUGGACCAGCCCGUGGAUGUCGGCUUCUCGUACAUUGACGAGGGCCAUGACGUUGCAAAGGAUUCCCAGGAGGCUGCGGUCGACAUGCACCGGUUUCUGCAGCUCUUCGUCUCUGAGAUCUUUCCUCAAAAGCGUUCUACACCCGUCCAUCUUUCGGGGGAGUCGUAUGCUGGACAAUACAUCCCCUAUCUCGGGGCACAUAUAGUGAAGCAGAACGAGCUCUAUCCCGCGGAGCCUCAAGUAAACCUUCAGUCUUGUCUGGUGGGCAAUGGAUUAAUGUCCCGGAUGGACACCACGUACGGCUACUGGGACACGCUAUGCACCACCAAUCCCGGUGUCUCGGCACCCAUCUUCAACCAGACGCGAUGCGACCAUAUGGCCGCAAACAUGCCCCGCUGCAUGCAAGUCGCCGAAACCUGCGCCCAGCAUCCAGACACCGCUCUUUGCCAGGCAGCCUACUCCGUUUGCUACGACGGGGUACUGUCAUUGUACGAGGACGAAGUCGGCAAAGGGGGUCGCAACCGGUUCGACAUCACCGCGACAUGCGAGGUAGACGAAUUCUGCUACAUUGAAGCAGCCCACAUCGAGCAGUUUCUCAACUCGCCGACAGUCUGGGACGCUCUAUCUCCCCCAAAAGAAGUCACCUCAUAUACGGUUGAAUCGAGCAACGUAGUCGAAGCGUUUGACACCACCCCGGAGGGCAUGACGUCUUCCUCCGAGCAUGUUGUGUUUCUCCUCUCCCGUGGGAUCCACUUCCUCGCGUACCAGGGGAAUCUUGAUCUUGCCUGCAACACGGCCGGGACUCUCCGGUGGGCUGAUGCACUGCGCUGGAAGGGCCAGCCUGAAUUUGCGUCGAAAUCGCUCCGGCCUUGGACUGCACCAGCGAUUGGGCGCAGUGAGCCGGUCGGGACGACCAAGGAGGUUAAUAUCAAGGUAGGAAAUGACGGGCGGACGGUGCGGUUUGCGUUUGUGACGGUGGAUGGGGCAGGGCAUCUUGUACCCCAGAAUCGUCCGGACGUGGCGUUCGACAUGAUGCUGCGGUGGAUUACGGGAGCUCCAUUUGUUGAAUCCUGA